UUGGUUUAUUCACACAAAAGUAUGUUGAACGAUAGUACACGUUAUUGAGUAUGAAGUGCAUACUACAUGAUUUCUGACAAAGCCUUAUUGAUCUUAGUGGGGUGUGUGUGGGCUUUUAUUUUGAAAUGUAUAGACGUGACACCGGAACCGGAUGUGCAGCACGGAGUCUUUUCAGGAGCGCACAGACCGCCAUAUAGGAGACAGCGAACGUUACACGGAAGAAAGAUGAUUAAAGUCGAACUGAAUCUGAUUUAAGUUACUAUUUAAGGUUAAAUAAUGUCUUGUUCACUUGAGGAAACAGCCGGUUGAGUUUUUAAUCCGACAGAAGCAAUAAUGGAGGCGAGGUUCGGCAGCGAAGUGGCGUCGCUCGUGGAAGUCGCCAUCCGAACGACCGUGUCUGUGUUCAGAGACUUCUGGGCGAACGAGGCGCCGAACGCGGCAGAGUGGGACGAAGAGAAGUUCGUCGAGGUGCAGGAGGUGGAGAAGUGUCUGGUGGUUCAGAUCCACAAAGUGUUCACGGAGUUCUCCUCGGAGCUGAUGGAGGAGAACGAGGCUCUGCGGGUGAAGGUGGAGCAGCUGGAGGACGUGAUGCAGAGGAAGGCUGGGCAGCUGGAGGAGGAGCUGGAGGCCAGAGUCUCUCAGCUGGGCAGAGAAAUGGAGCAGCUGGAGAAGGAGCUCAAGAGCAUCAGUGAGGGAGGACAGACACACAGCAUCACCAUGAUGCAGGACGGAGCACUGACAGGAGGAAGCACUAAAGCUGUUCACAGCUCCGCAUCUGGAGACUGCUCCGCUUCAAUGGUGCUGUUGGUGGAUGCCUCCGAUGAAACGGGAGCAACGCAGCUCAUCUUCGAUCCAGAAGCCUCGCCGGAGUCGACGCCUCAAGACGUCCCCAGUCCAGACUCCAGCGUCGUCGGUGGUGUCGAAAAGAAAUCUGUGGAAGAGGCACCUUCAGGGAGAACGAGGAGGACCAGGAGAGCAACGUUUAAAGCUGAAGAAGCUUCUGCUUACAACAGCACAGAAGAGAAAAUAAUCAAGACAGAUGGAGGGCAGGGAAGAAGGCGUACUAGAAAAGAGUCCCGGACAGUGAAGCGGUUCUCCUGUGAACAUUGUAAUGCCGGUUUUCAGUGGAAAGGUGAUUUGAAGAAACACAUGAAGGUCCAUAAGAAGCCUCUUCCUUGUGAGCAGUGUGGCAGAAGUUUCCUUGAAAAGAAGUCUCUGGAAAAUCACCUUUCGCGUCACGAGGCGAGCAAAGCGCCCCGGCCCUUCCCCUGUCCUCGCUGUAAAAGAUCGUUCCGAAAAGAGCAGUCGUUUCAGAAUCACCUCAAGCGUCACCAGCAGAUGAAUCCACCGAAGCCGUUCGCCUGCGAUCAGUGUGGGAAAACAUUCAGAGCUCAACUGUCUCUGGAAAACCACCUCCUACGUCACGAGAAGUGGAAGCAAAAGUUGAAGUGCCAGCUUUGCGACAAGACUUGCAGGACGUCGGUCCAGCUGAAAUGUCACAUGGCCGUGCACUCGGAAGAGAGGCCGUUCAGCUGUGCAACAUGUGGGAAGGAGUUCAAGAGUAAAGACACCCUUCGCUUCCACCAGAUAGUCCACUCCAACGCCAAAAAGUACAAGUGCACGAUGUGCGAGGAGACGUUCAAAUACGCCCACUCGCUGACCGUGCAUAAGAGGAAACACACAGGCGUCACUCCGUUCAUAUGCACCGUGUGCAACAGGACAUACAGGACCGGCACUGCUCUGAAGAGACACAGCGUCGUCCACACUGGGGAGAAACCGUUCACCUGUCACAUAUGUGGAGCGAGGUUCAGCCUGAAUAACAACCUCAAGAGGCACAUUCGCAUCCACACAGGAGAGAAGCCGUUCACCUGCCCGGACUGCGGCAAGAGCUUCUCGGACAACACCAAGCUGAAGUCCCACAUGCUCAUCCACGGCGCCAGAAAACCUUUCAUGUGUGAUCUGUGCGGGAAGACUUUCCUCUUCAACUGCAGGUUGCAGAUGCAUCAGAAGUACGUGCAUGUCGACAGGAUCGAGGAAACGGACAGCACGCAAAGAUUUCUCCAGAUUAGAAAGAGAAACAAGUCGUUGGUUAAGCCGUUCAGCUGCAAAAUAUGUCUGAGAGGUUUCAGCACCGCAGGCUCCCUCAAACUUCAUGAAAGAGGCCACAGUGAGAACAAGGAGUUCAACUGCAGCACAUGUGGGAAGUCCUUCCAUAACAAGUACUCUUUCGCCUAUCACCAGAGAAGCCACGCGGGGGAGAGGCCGUUUGUUUGUGACGUGUGCGGGAAGAGAUUCUUCCACACCGGCAGCCUGAAGCAGCACGAGCGGAUUCACACGGGCGAAAAGCCGUACAAAUGCGACCAGUGCGACAAGUCCUUCAGAACAGACGGAAACUACUACAGACACUUGCGCAUCCACACGGGCGAGAAGCCGUUUGAAUGUUUGUACUGUCACAGGAAGUUCCACCAGUCAAACCAGCUCAAGUCCCACAUGCAGGUCCACACAGGGGAGAAGCUGUACUCGUGCCAGCAGUGCGCCCGCGGUUUCUCUGAUUCAAGGCAGCUCAAGAAGCACAGCUGUGACGGGCCGUAGGUGACGGGACGCUGCGGUGUGUUAUCCACCAGAACCGGAGAUAAUCUAAUGACAUCAUAAAUGAAACAGCGGUUUGUUGUGUUAAGGGAAAUGACUUGUGUGUGGCUCAGUGCUGAAAAUAUUGCUUUACAAAAAUAACUUUCAUCUUCAUAAUCUGUUGUUGAGAGCUGGUACAAUUCACUCAAUCAAUGUACCGCUUUAUUGGCAGAAGAUUUGUCUAUUAAAAGAAGCAGUGUGUAGGAUCUGGUGGCGUCGAGCAGAUUGCAACCAACUGAAGUCUUUCUCAUGUGCCAAGCGUGUAGAAGAACUACGGUGGCUGUCUAGGCUUGUCGCGGUGGUCGGUGUUACCGGUGUUACAUGCUGUGUGUGUCACUCGGACACACACAGAUCACAUCACGUACCCACCGCCCCCAGCGUCGUUUUGCUUUUUUUUUUACAGAAAUAAAACCUGUUUAGUUCAUUUUGGUGUAUCAGCGAUGUGUUAUCAAUAGAUAGUCGGACGACAGACGCUACAAACCGACUCCCUGAAGAGGAACCGCUCCCUAUGUAGAUGUAAACGGCUCAUUAUAAGGUAAUGAAAAUGCAACAAUUCUUAUUUUCAGGUGAUUAUACACUAAAGAAAACAUACAUAAUAUUAUAUUCCAUUUCUGUCAAUAGAUCCCCCUAAUUGUUACACACUGCUCCUUUAAAUAAAAAUUUAAAAAAAUACACUUGUGAUAACUUCACAAAGGGAUGCUUGUUUGUCCUCAUAUUAUAAACUGGUAGCUUUUUGUUUUGGCUGUUAACUAAAGGGCUUUAACACUUCAGGGCUCUGGUUACUCUCACUUGUCAUUACUCUUGAUAUGCUAGAGUUAAGGGAUUAAUCAAAAGUAAUUAAUACAGUAAUCGAUAGUAAAAGUAGUUGCAGCUCUGCUCUCAUUCAUGUUCAUGGCAUUUAUGGUUCUAAACCAUUUCUCUUCUCCUGUUGAGUUGAUAUUAAAGUGAAGUUUGCGGCUAUUUUUGAAUGGCAAUUUUUUCUUAAAGAUUUCCUAUUAAUUUAUAUUUUGUUCAUUCAUAAUUAAUCAAUGAAAUGCCAUUAGGAUGUAAUUAUUUUCCAACAAAAAAAAGUUGUGUGUGUUAUUAUAUGUACAUAUUUUUUGUUUGUUAUUGCAAUUAAAGAACAAUUUGCAAUCGCAGCAACUU